GACAGGAGCGCAGCGCGGAGCAGAGCUGCAACACAUCCUCGCUCUGCAAACUUCUACCAACACCAACCGAGGCUUCACUUCCCACUCUUUGUUUUGACGUGAUGGAGAACUGUGCCGGAGUUUCAUGAUGCAGCAUCACAGGCUGGAUUUGGAGCAGACGCAGUGGGACUGGAUUACAUCUGGAUGAUGAAGGGAAGUUUUUUGCAGGAUUUAUAGCCGGGCUCCUGUUGGCACUUUCUGACUCUUGGGGCCCUCAUGAUUUGAUGUAUCGAUCUUGAACGACUGGUGUGGUUCUCGUUAAAGCGCACAAAGUCCCAGCCUCCCGCUGUAAUGGCAAACCUCACCAUGGAUAACAUGACAGUGCUGAAUGACACGUCGGUGCAGGACAAUCACACCUUGGGCCAAUGGACAGACUACACUGUAGAGUACAAGGCGCUCAGUGUAUUCCUGGUGUGCCUCAUAUGCGGGGUGGGGAUCGUGGGGAACGUGAUGGUCAUCCUGGUGGUGCUGACCACCAAACACAUGCGCACUCCCACCAACUGCUACCUGGUGAGCCUGGCCGUGGCCGACCUGAUGGUGCUGAUUGCCGCCGGGCUGCCCAACAUCACCGACGCCCUCUACGGUCAGUGGGUGUACGGUUACGUAGGGUGCCUGGGGAUCACCUACUUGCAGUACCUGGGGAUAAACGCGUCCUCCUGCUCCAUCACCGCCUUCACCGUGGAGCGCUACAUCGCCAUCUGCCACCCCAUCAAGGCGCAGUUCCUGUGCACCUUGUCCCGGGCCAAGAGGAUCAUCCUGCUGGUGUGGGCGCUCACCUCCGUCUACUGCGUCAUGUGGCUCUUCCUGUCGGACACCAAAGAGUUGGUGUACGAUAACGCGGUGAUGCUCAGCUGCGCCUACAAAGUGUCCAGGAGCCACUACCUGCCCAUUUACUUCACGGAUUUCGCGGCGUUCUACGUGCUGCCCCUCAUGCUAGCCACGGUCCUGUACGGGCUGAUCGCCAGGAUACUGUUCCUGAACCCGCUGCCGUCCGACACAAAGGACGGCAGCACCAAGAAGUGGAAGAGGGAGAUGAGCCAGGGAGGGAGGAUGAUGAGCUCCGGCAGCUCCAGCAGCACCACGGCGGCCUCCCGCAGACAGGUGACCAAGAUGCUGGCUGUGGUGGUGAUCCUCUUUGCCUUGCUGUGGAUGCCCUACCGGACCUUGGUGGUGGUCAACUCUUUCCUGGACAAGGCCUACCUGGACACCUGGUUCCUGCUUUUCUGCCGUCUCUGCAUCUACUUAAAUAGUGCCAUCAAUCCGGUCAUCUACAAUGCCAUGUCCCAGAAAUUCCGUGCCGCUUUCAAGAAGCUGUGUCACUGCGGCAACCAGCGCAUGGAGAAACCAGCCUCUUACAGUGUGGCACUCACCUACAGUGUCAUCAAGGAGACGUCCAACGGUGAAAGUCCCGACCACUUCACUACAGAAAUGGACGCGUUCAACACACCGGCAGAUCAGUACCAACCCACCAAGAGGAUACCGUAUGAGGAGCCUUCCCCUGGGGCUGAUGUCAAAGUAUGAAUAAAACCAAACAUGCUCCCCCUAUCAGCAGAUAUCAGAGACUGACAGCUGCAGUAUGGAUUAAGUCACCCAGUGGACAGGCCAGUCAGUUCUAAUUUAUCUGAGGAGUUUUCUCUCUGAAAUGUUUAUUUUACUUGACAAGCCCAUUUACCAGAUGCCAGCUAGGUUGGAGAAAAAUUGGCUGCCUUGUAGUUUUUUAGUAUUCUGUAUAGUAUAAUUAAAAUUUGUUUUCAUUAGCUGUUUGUUAAACCUGCACAGCACUGAAGAGCUGAAAACAGUUUUAAUGAAAUGUGGCUGGAAAAUGGGAAACAUGUCAUUGGAGGGUGUGAUGCACCCAACCCUAAUAGUAUAUAAUGUAAUGCAGAAACAUGUUUUCAAUAAACAUUAACCCAAACUGUCACAGAAAAAAAUAGCAUGAGAGCAGUUCAUCAUCACCUACAGUCGAUCGAUUUGGUUUAACCAGACUUCCACUACAGCCUCUGUUGAACCAGUAGAUAUGUUAGGGCUGGGUAUGUCAAUAUUUAUUAAAAUAUAAGUUUAGUUAAUCAUUUUCUGUUCAGCUUGAAAUUCAAAUAUAGUAGGGAGAAAAUUAAGUAUCACCAAACGUAUUUCUACCUCGUGAGCUCUUGAGCUUUUGUUUUCUGUGCGAACACGGUUUCCUCGAAGGAACCAAACCAACCUAUUUGGGUAAGGUUGGUUCUGUUGGGCAGUAACACAAAACAGUUUGCAGUAACUUGAUGGAUUUGUGCAUUUACAACUAGGAAUUAUUAUUUAAAAUUCAAAGGGACUGCAUUUGUCACUAACUGUCUUAGUUGGGUAGGCAUUAGCUAUAAGGAAGUUGAUGCUUUUCCAAGUUACUAACAUUAUUUUACAUGCAUUCUUUGAUUAGCAACUUUGCUAAUGUCAUCACCUGGGUAAGGCAAAAUUCAGGAAUCAGUUAUAAUAGCUGCAGAUUGUUGAACAAUGGGCCACCAUCAGAGUCUGCACAGUAGUGGUCGGGGGAGGGAGCCGUGGCAGCGAGGUCCCACAUACAUGUGCUUGACUAUUCUCAGUCAGUCUCAGCUGUCAAUCAUGACGUAUGACUCUGAUUUUGUCGCAUCCAAAAACUAGCUUAAACCAAACUUACCCACAAAUAUCAGUAUGAUAAGAACUACCUGAAAUGACUGAAAUCAUCUUUGAGAAAAAGCUUUGCAGUUUGGCCCAUGUCCACUAACCUAGAGGAUACACGAAUUAUGACCUAUACUGCAAACAGCCACUAGGGAUUGAUUGAGACGUUUUGGCUUCUGUAAACCAUGGAGCACCAGACUUCCAUCUUUGUAUACAGUCUAUGUUUUGAAUCCUGUAGUUCCCCUGUGACGACAGGACUUUCACGCAGUAAUGAUAGCGAAUUUAACUAGCUGUUUGUGAUUAAUUACAGGCUUUUUGGCAUUGCACAAUAUCUUAUUCUCUAUAUUUAUUGGAGCUUUAAUUGUUUUCUUUCUCUGCACCUGGUAUAUACAUAAAAUGUAUUAUGUGUGUGUGUGAUGUAACUAAUUAGAUUUUCUGUUGGGUAAUAACUAAAGAAAUUAUUUGUAAUAUGUUUUGUGUAAAGCUACGCAAACUGAAUGACAUCUCUGUCUUCGUGUUGGGUUGUUGACAAGCAAUGCAAGUUAUUGCCAGUAAAUCUGUGUCUAAUGUUUUUAAUCAUGGAAAUGUUCUUUUCUGAUCAGUGUUUAUAUUGGUUCCAUCACCCAGCCAUAGGAUAUUGUUGUACCAACGGUACCAGUGCUUAACAGAUUACUUGUAGCAAACAAACGUCCUCUUUGUUCAUGUACCGCCCCAACAGAAACCAUGUAAUCCAAUUGAGUCGAAAUGCUCAACACCGUGACAUUUUAAUCUUGCUACUAGAGAGACAAGCACUGACAUGGAAUUACAUGACCUUUCAAAAAGAUCCAAGCAAAGAAAGGGAUGGACAUCAAGGACACAUGAACCUGCUUUGUUGAUCGCCUAAAAUCGUAUGAUUUGAGAGAAAAAAAUUACAUACGUUUGCUUUGGUCUCUCUGAAGGCGACCACUGUGGACUCUCUGAGGAGCCAGUGAAGGAACGUGACCAAUGUAUAAUAAUGAUAUUAAUGAGAGAGAAAUGUGUAACCCCAAUGUGCAGAUGGCGAGGCUGGUUGUAAAAGGGUCAAAUAACUUGUGUGGCAUUAAUUCACGGAUAUUGGGUUAGAGCGCAGUACUUUUCUGUGAUUUAUCUGCCAGGCCAAACCACGGAGCAAUGAUGGAAUGUUUAAAAAGAUCUCAACAAAGUGCCAUUCUUGAGCUGGUGCAAUUCAGUUUCUAAGUUAAGAGCUCACCCUGCCAUUAAAAGAGAGAAAAGUCCUGCAGUUUAUUUAGCCUGGUACAGGUGUAAAUUGAAGAGCACUCGGAGGGUAUGGAAACUGAAUGAACUUAAUGAAAGGGAAAUGUUUUCAUACAGAGCAGCAUGCUUUUUCCAUCUUUAUUGUAGUUGUCUGAAAUUGAUUGUGAAGUGCAAUGUGAAAUUAAUUAAAUAUUGUGUUAUGUGGGCUUUUUUAUGCCAGGGAGUGCAUUUUUUAAAUAUCUCAUUUAAUCCACCAUUUCAUCGAUGUGUUUUCAAUCAUUUCAAACCUGUCAGUGGAAGCUAACAAUCUCCAGAGUGGAACGACUGAGAAGAUGUUGAUAGUAGAUUGUAGCGUAAGGUACCACUACUUUGUGCAUUUUUUCCUCCUGUUUGUUGAGACAUAGUUCAGUUAAUAUUUUUGGGGAACUAGAAGCUGUGUUGGAGACAUUUUCUGUUCCACAUUUCACACAGUCUCCAGCAUGAACACAAGGUUUUGUGAUGUGAACACAAAGAUGAGAAAAGCUGAAACCUGGUGUAUAUCCAUCAAAGCCCAUGCUUUGUGCACAUUUCAGUCUAAAUGUAGCUUUUUUUUCAGCUUUUUGC